AUGGUCGAGUUCACAGUCUUCAAAGGUUCCAAGGAGGGAAAGAUCAUCAAGUCUACCACUAGCAAAGAAGUUGCCAACGAUGAAGUCCUCAUCAAAGUAACUCACUCUGGUCUCUGCGGUACAGAUGAACAUUACAAAAAGGCCGAUAUGGUCUUGGGUCACGAGGGAGCUGGUGUAGUCGAGGAAAUUGGCUCAUCCGUCAAAGAUCUCAAGAAAGGCGACUCCGUAGGCUGGGGCUACCAACACGACUCUUGCCGCUCCUGCAAACAAUGUCUGACCGGCCACGAAACCCUCUGUUCCUCCCGCCAAAUGUACGGUUCCGCCGACCUCGACCAAGGAUCCUUCGCAACCCACGCCAUCUGGAAAGCCGACUUCGUUUUCAAGAUUCCCGACUCCAUCCCCCGCGAAUACGCCGCCCCUCUCCAAUGCGGCGGCGCAACCGUCUUCAACGUCUUCCACUCCUUCAACAUCCGACCCACGCACCGCGUCGGCAUCAUCGGCGUCGGCGGUCUCGGCCAUCUCGCUAUCCAAUUCGGCGCCAAGAUGGGCUGCGAAGUCGUCGUCUUCUCCAGCACCGACAGCAAGAAAGACGAGGCGAUGCGUCUCGGCGCCUCUGAAUUCGUCGCCACGAAGGGCGUCGAGAAACUCGAUAUCGGCAAACCGAUCGAUCAUCUCCUCGUCACUACAUCCUUCCAGCCAGACUGGAAACAAUUCCUCCCCGUCAUGGCCCCAAGCGGAUCCAUCUACCCGCUCUCCGUCUCCAACGACGAUUUCACCAUCCCCUACAUGCCUGUUCUGGCGUCUGAGCUGAAGAUUCAGGGCAGUCUGGUGGCGGCACGCGAGGUGCAGAGGGAGAUGUUGCGGUUCGCGGCGCAUCAUCAGAUUAGACCCGUUAUUGAGACGUUUCCGAUGACGGUGGAGGGGAUUACGGAGGCGAUGGAGAAACUUGAGGGAGGGGGGAUGAGGUACAGGGGGGUGCUUGUUGCGCAGUAG